AGCAGAUCUGCCGCAGUAUGUAGGUUUACCUAAGAAACUGGGCCGGAGGAAGAGGACGUAUCAGAGUCUGAAGCUGGACCCUCAGACGGAAAGAUGGAGGACAGACAGAACAGUGCUACACCUGAUGAAGGAUCGUCAGUUUCCUCUCGUCAACCCAGCAUAUCCGCUCAGACUGGAGGCAUUGUGGUCGCUCCUCCCAUCAUCAACUCAACUGUUGCCGGUGACGUAAUCAUCCACGUCAACUCACCUGGCCAAGGGUCUGCCAGUUCAAGCCAUGGCACUGCAGACAUCAGUGGUGCUCUGCAGCCCCAACAAAGUGACCAACAUGAGGUUUUGAAGGCACAUAAGGGAUGUCUGGAGAGUAAAUAUCAACAUCAAGAAAAUAAAGCAGAAAAUGCAAAUGAAGCCCUCAUCAACGAUACCUUCACUGACCUCCACAUCACAGAGGGAAUGACUAACAUUAACACCCAACAUGAGGUGUGGCAGGUUGAGAGAGUUUCAAAGAUGAAGUCCUGCCAUGAUACUUCAAUCAAGUACCACGAAAUCUUUACAGCCUUACCUGGCAAAGAGAAAAACAUCAGAGUCGUUCUGACGAAUGGCGUUGCUGGUGUUGGAAAAACCUUCUUAGUGCAGAAGUUCAUUCUGGACUGGGCAAAGGGCUUGAAAAACAAAGAUAUCACUCUAGUGAUUCCACUUUCGUUCAGGGAGCUGAACCUGAAAAAAGAUAAGCAGUUCAGUCUGCUCGACCUGAUCCAUGCAUUCUAUCCAUUAAAGAAGCUCACAGCAGAUAUGCUUGUUGCCUGGAAAGUUUUGUUCAUCUUUGACGGCCUCGAUGAAAGCAAAUUUUCACUGGAUUUUGAGAACGAUGAGGUCGUUUCUGUUGUCACACAGAUGUCAGUCAGCGUGCUGUUGACAAACCUCAUCAAGGGGAAGCUGCUUCCCUCUGCUUUCAUCUGGAUAACUUCCCGACCUGCAGCAGCCAAUCAGAUCCCUCUGACAUUUGUUGACAGGGUAACAGAAGUACGAGGCUUCACUGACGCCCAGAAGGAGGAGUACUUCAGGAGGAGAUUCAGUGAUGAAAAGCAGUCCAGCACAAUCAUCUCACACAUCAAGACAUCCAGGAGCCUCCGUGUCAUGUGUCACAUCCCAGUCUUCUGCUGGAUCAUUUCCUCAGUUCUGGAGCACAUGUUGACUCCAGACCAGAGAGAAGAGCUUCCCAAGACCCCAACUAACAUGUACUCACACUUCCUGGUGGUUCAGACAAAGAAGAAGAACAAAAAGUAUGAUGAGGGACAUGAGACGAGUCCACAGGAGCUGACGGAGGUGGACAGGAACCUUCUUCUAAACCUGGGGAAGCUGGCGUUUAAACAUCUAGAGAAAGAAAACAUCAUAUUCUACAGAGAAGACCUGAAGAAGUGUGAUCUUGAUGUCACAGAGGCCUUGGUGUAUUCAGGACUUUGUAAAGAGCUCCUCAAAUGCGAUCCUUGCCUCGACCCUCAAACAGUCUACAGCUUUGUUCAUCUGAGUGUUCAGGAGUUUCUGGCUGCAGUCUACAUGUACCACUGUUACACCAGCAGGAAGAAGAAGGUACUGGAGGACUUCCUGGGGAAAAAAUGGAUGCAUGAAAACAGUGAUUCAUCCCAGGAUGCCUCCCAAAAGAGAGCCUGGGAAGAACUGCUGGGAGAUGUUGGUGAUGUGGAUCAUGGUGAUGACGAUUAUGACGAUGAUGAUAAUGAUGACGAUCUUGAUCAUGAUGACGUUGAUGAUAACCAUGGUGACAACAAUGACAAUCAUGAUGAUGAUGACAGAGAUGACAGACACAAUAACCAUUACCCAUCUCUGGAUGUCUUCCUGAAGAGAGCCAUGGAGAAAUCUCUCACAAGUAAAAAUGGCCGCUUCGACCUGUUUGUCCGCUUCCUUCAUGGCCUCUCUCUGGACUCCGACCAGACUCACUUAGGAGGUCUGCUGGGUCAGACAGACAACAGUCCAGAAAUCAUCCAGAGAGUCAUCAACAACCUGAAGAAGAUGAAUACUCGAGAUAUCUCUCCUGACAGAAGCAUCAACAUCUUACACUGUCUGAUGGAGAUGAACGACCGCUCACUACAUGAGGAUAUUGAAGAGUUCCUUAAGUCAUCAGAAGAACUCUCUGAGAUCCACUGCUCAGCUCUGGCCGACAUGCUGCAGAUGUCAGAGGAGGUUCAGGAUGAGUUGGACCUAAAGAAGUACAACACAUCAGAGGCAGGAAGACGGAGACUGAUCCCAGCUGUGAGGAACUGCAGAAAGGCUCAACUUUCUGACUGUGGGCUGUCAGAGACUCACUGUGAAGUUGUGGCCUCAGCUUUGUAUUCUGAUCCAUCCCAUCUGAAAGAGCUGGACCUGAGUGACAACAACCUGCAAGAUUCAGGAAUGAAGCUGCUGUCUGCUGGAUUGGAGAGUCCACACUGUACACUGGAGUCUCUAAGGCUGAGUGGCUGCAGUUUGUCAGAGAUCUCUUCUCUUGCAUCAGCACUGAGGUCCAACCCCUCCCAUCUGAGAGAGCUGGAUCUGAGUGGAAACAACCUGCAGGAUUCGGGGGUGAAGAAGCUGUGUGAUUUUCUGAAGAAUCGAGACUGUAAACUGGAGACUCUGAGAUUGAGAGACUGCAGUUUAUCAGAGAGCAGCUGUACUUCUCUGAUCUCCGUUCUGAAGUCCAACCCCUCCCAUCUCAGAGAGCUGGAUCUGAGCGGAAACAAGCUGCAGGAUUCAGUAAUGAAGCGGCUGUUCUUCUUUCUGAAGAGUCAACACUGUAAACUGAAGACUCUGAGAUUGAGUCUCUGCAGUUUGUCAGAGAGCAGCUGUGCUUCUCUGGUCUCAGCUCUGAAGUCCAACCCCUCCCAUCUGAGAGAGCUGGAUCUGAGCUACAACAAGCUGAAGGAUUCAGAAGUGAAGCUGCUGUGUGAUUUUCUGAAGAGUCCACGGGGUGAAAUGGAGACUCUGAGACUGAAGUGGUGCAGUUUGUCAGAGAGCAGCUGUGAUUCUCUGGUCUCAGCUCUGAAGUCCAACCCCUCCCAUCUGAGAGAGCUGGACCUGACUGGAAACAAGCUGCAGGAUUCAAGAGUGAAGUUGCUGUGCAAUUUUCUGAAGAGUCCACACUGUAAACUGGAGACUCUGAGAUUGAGGUGGUGCAGUUUGUCCGAGAGCAGCUGUGCUUCGCUGGUCUCAGCUCUGAAGUCCAACCCCUCCCAUCUGAGAGAGCUGGAUCUGAGCUACAACAAGCUGCAGGAUUCAGGAUUAGAGCAGCUGUGUGUUUUUCUGAAGAGUCCACACUAUAAACUGAAGACUCUGAGAUUGAGUUCCUGCAGAUUGUCAGAGAGCAGCUGUGAUUCUCUGGCCUCAGCUCUGGAGUCCAACCCCUCCCAUCUGAAAGAGCUGGAUCUGAGCUACAACAAGCUGCUGGAUUCAGGAUUGGAGCGGAUGUAUGUUUUUCUGGAGAGUCCAGACUGUAAACUGGAGACUCUGCUAUUGAGGUGGUGCAGUUUGUCAGAGAGCAGCUGUGAUUCUCUAGCAUCAGCUCUGGAGUCCAACCCCUCCCACCUGAGAGAGCUGGAUCUGAGCUACAACAAACUGCAGGAUUCAGGCGUAGAGCUGCUGUGUGAUUAUCUUAAGAGUCCAGACUAUAGACUGGAGACUCUGAGGUUCUCCAGUUCUCAAGGUUCACUUGUCACAUUGACUGGAAACCAGAAGAUGAGUGACUGUGCGGAGGAAGAGGAUGAAUCAAACUCUCCAGUAUCCGCACAUCAUCCUCCAGACUUCAGUGAUGAAGCUGGUCCCUCAGACUUAAAGAUGGAGGAGAGAUGGGACAGUGCUACACCUGACAGACAUGAAGGAUAUGCAUCCACAUCCAACACAAACCUUGAUGUGUCUGAGGACAGCAGAGACAAUCACCUGGAUCCUGAGACAAGUCAGCAGCAGGACUUCAAACCCGAAGUGGAUGAGUCUGCAAAUAUUUCAUACAGCUUCAGCUGUCCUCGUCCAGGUGUGUUCCGGUGUACUUUUACUGGACUGGUGUUUGUUAUGGCUCAGGAGGCGGAGCUUCAGUACAGGACUGUCCAAUGGGAUGAGAGCUGCCUACAACCAGCUGGCAAGAUGGCUGCAGGGCCGCUGUUCAACAUCCAGUCCAGUCCUGACGGUGCUGUCAGGCAGCUCCUCCUGCCACACUGUGAAACUAUGGAUGCUCCACUCCCUGAAGGUCUGCUGUCUGUCAUCCACAUCACUGAUGAUGGAAUAAACAUCCUGGAGCUGCUGAAGAUUACAGACACUCAUGUGGUUGUGAACGUCCCUCACCUCUCUACCUUUGGCCUGGUCUGGGAUCUCGUUAAGAGCUUCAUGAACAUCACACGACCAAUCAGAGGCCAGGUUCUGCUGUUCGACCGACCUCCAGACACACAUCAUCGAAUACUCAUAUUUCUGCUGCAGGACAACAUUCCUUUGAGUGAGAUUGUUUUCCAACAUGGAGAAGCUGAGUACAAGAUGUCUUCCAAGUGUCGUCUCAGCAGUGGUCAAAGUUACAGUGUUCAGUGUGAACAGGCCUCCAAAGUACAGCCUGAGCAUGGACCAUUUCACAUGAAGUAUGCAUCACAUUUCUACCCAACAUUUGAGGUUUUCCUCCCUACAAACAAAGAGAAAAUGACUUUGAAGGUCCAAGACCAGGAGAAGAAAGAAGUGUGGAAACGUGUUGUGAAUCUGACAGAUCCAAGAAAGAAAAAUCUGAAGAGGAAUCUUCCAGCAGGUGAUUUCGUCCCAGCGAAGGUAAGUUGGAAGUUGACAUUGAAAAGCAGCAUCCAGCCUGCAACCAAGAUGACUCAGAGGGACCUCCUCAUAAUUCUGGAAGAUUUAAGACAAGAAGAAUUCAUGACUUUCAAGUGGUACCUGAGAAAUGUGGAUGACUUCCAACCCAUCCCAAUGGCCCGACUGGAAAAUGCAGACAGAGUGCACACAGUGGAUCUGAUGGUGCAGCAUUAUGGACUUGCUGGAGCUGUGGAAGUGAUGAAGAGCGUUUUAAAGAAGAUCAACAGGAGUGAUCUGUUGAUGGAGUUGUCAAAGAUCAGCUCAGGAGCAGCAGGUCCUGGUCCAGCAGAGACUCUGAAUGUCCCUGCAGACAGAAGGCUGUUGACUGUUCGGACACAGUUUAUUAACAGAGUCUCUGAACCUGUUCUACAUCAGCUGCUGGAUAAACUCCUGCAGCAGAGGGUCAUAAAUGAGGGUGAAAUGGAUUCUGUCAGAGCUCAGUCGGGAAGAGCAGAUAAAGCAAAAGCAUUGAUCGAAAAUGUGCGACGUAAAGGAUCAGCAGCCAGUUCAGUUCUGAUCACUGCUCUCUGUGAGGAGGAUCCAGUUCUUUCAGAAGAGCUGAACCUACAGUCGGCCAGCUCAACAGUAAGGCGGGAAGUGAAGAGGAAGAAGAAGAAGAAGAAGCAGUGUGAGACACCAUUCCAAGUCAACAGAGCAGUGCGGCAGGAAUACAGGAAAUCUGAGACAGGACUGACUGAAGGCCACAAGAUGAGUGUUUGUGCGGAGGAAGGGGAGGACAUAUCAGUGUCUCCAGCACCCAGCUGUCUGUCUAUGAAGAGUGACUUCUCCAAAGAUGAACCUCCAUACUUCAGUAAUGAACCUGGACCCUCAAACAAAAAAGGGCAGCACCACAGACAGAGAGCAGUGUCUCCAGUAUCCAGCUGUCCGUCUAUGAAGAGUGACUUCUCCAAAGAUGAACCUCCAUACUUCAGUAAUGAACCUGGACCCUCAAACACAAAAGGUCAGCACCACAGACAGAGAGCAGUGUCUCCAGUACCCAGCUGUCCGUCUAUGAAGAGUGACUUCUCCAAAAAUGAACCUCCAUACUUCAGUAAUGAACCUGGACCCUCAGACACAAAAAAGAGGAAGAGAAGUGUUUUUUCUGUGGAGGAGCAGCUAUCCUGCUGUUCUUUGUGUCAGGGCGUCCUGAAGGAUCCAGUCUCUACCAACUGUGGACACUGGUUUUGCAGACAGUGCAUCACCUCAUACUGGGAUCAGUCUGCUUCAUCAGGAGACUCCUCCUGUCCCCAGUGUGGAAAAAGAUCGAGCACCGGACCUGGACUGCAGACCAGCACUGUACAAAGUACUCUUUCAACAGAUACUGGUCUGCAGGAGCUUUUAGAUGAACAUCACAUCAGUCUGAGCAGCACAUGUGAAUGUGUGACUCAAGGAACUGAUGAAGCAGGAAGUAAAAUCCUCCUCAACAGUAUCUACAAUGAGGUCCACAUCACAGAGGGACAUAGUGAAGAGGUUAAUACCCAACAUGAGGUGUGGCAGCUUGAAAUAGCUUCCAAGAUGAAGACCCUCCAUGACGCUCCAAUCAGGUGUCAGGACAUCUUUAAAGUCUUACAUGACCAACAGAAACACAUCAGAGUGGUUCUGAUGAACGGAGUCGCUGGUGUUGGAAAAACCUUCUCAGUGCUGAAGUUCACUCUGGACUGGGCACAGCGCUCCGAAAACCAAGAUAUCAGUCUGCUGAUUCUGUUCUCGUUCAGGGCGCUGAACUUGAUCAAAGAUGAGCAGUACAGUCUGCUCAUGCUGAUCCAUGUUUUCUAUCCAACAUUACAGAAGCUCACAGCAGAGAAGCUCACUGUCUGUAAAGUUCUGUUCAUCUUUGACGGCCUGGAUGAAAGCAGACUUUCACUGGAUUUCAACAACAGUGAGGUUGUGUCUGAUGUCACACAGAUGUCAUCAGUCAGUGUGCUGUUAGCAAAUCUCAUCAAGGGGAAUCUGCUUCCCUCAUCUCUUAUCUGGAUAACUUCCCGACCUGCAGCAGCCAAUCAGAUCCCUCCUUCAUGUAUGGACAGGGUAACAGAAGUACGAGGCUUCACUGACGCCCAGAAGGAGGAGUACUUCAGGAGGAGAUUCAGUGAUGAAGAGCAGUCCAGCAGAAUCAUCUCACACAUCGAGACAUCCAGGAACCUCCACAUCAUGUGUCGAAUCCCAGUCUUCUGCUGGAUCACUGCUACAGUUCUGGACCACAUGUUGACUACAGACCAGAGAGUAGAGCUGCCCAAGACCCUGACUGACAUGUACUCACACUUCCUGCUGGUUCAGACAAAGAGGAAGAAGAACAAGUAUGAUGAGGGACAUGAGACGAGUCCACAGGAGCUGACGGAGGCUGACAGGAACCUUCUUCUGAAGCUGGGGAGGUUGGCGUUUGAACAACUGCAGAAAGGAAACAUCAUGUUCUACCAAGAAGACCUGGAGCAGUGUGGUCUUGAUGUCACAGAGGCCUCGGUGUUAUCAGGAGUUUGUACGCAGAUCUUCAAAAGAGAGAGUGUGAUCUUCCAGAAAACAGUCUACAGCUUUGUUCAUCUGAGCAUUCAGGAGUUUCUGGCUGCAGUCUACAUGUACCACUGUUACACCAGCAGGAAGACAAAGGUACUGAAGGACUUCCUGGGGAAAUACUACAGCUACUCAUCCCUGGAUAACUUCCUGAAGAGAGCCAUGGUGAAAUCCUUUCAAAGUAAAAAUGGCCACCUCGACCUGUUUGUCCGCUUCCUUCAUGGCCUCUCUCUGGACUUCAACCAGAGUCUCUUAGGAGGCCUGCUGGGUCAGACAGAGAACAGUCCAGAAAUCAUCCAGAGAGCCAUCAGUAUCCUGAAGCAGAUGAACACAAACAGUAUCUCUCCUGACAGAAGCAUCAACAUCUUCCACUGUCUGAUGGAGAUGAACGACCGCUCAGUACAUCAGGAGAUACAAGAGUUCCUGAAGUCAGAGAACAGAUCAGAGAAGUACCUCUCUGAGAUCCACUGCUCAGCUCUGGCUUACAUGCUGCAGAUGUCAGAGGAGGUACUGGAGGAGUUGGACCUGAAGAAAUAUAAGACAUCACCUGAGGGGCGACAGAGAUUGAUCCCAGCUGUGAAGAACUGCAGAAAGGCUCAACUUCAUGACUGUGGACUCUCUGAGACUCACUGCGAAGUUGUGGCAUCGGCUCUGAAGUCCAAUCCCUCACAUCUGACAGAGCUGAACCUGAGUAAUAAUGAGCUGCAGGACUCAGGAAUGAAACGGCUAUCUGCUGGACUGGAGGGUCCAAACUGCAGACUGGAGACUCUGGGAUUGAGUCGCUGCUGUUUGUCAGAGACCAGCUGUGCUUCUCUGUCCUCUGCUCUGAAGUCCAACCCCUCCCAUCUGAGACAGCUUGAUCUGAGCUUCAACAGUCUGCUUGAUUCAGGAGUGAAGUCACUGUGUGAUUUUCUGGAGAAUCCACAUAGUAGACUGGAGUCUCUUGGAUUGAGUCUUUGCAAGUUGUCAAAGAUCAGCUGUGCAUCUCUGGUCUCAGCUCUGAAGAACAACCCCUCCCAUCUGAGAGAGCUGGAUCUGAGCUACAACAAACUGCAGGAUUCAGGAGUGAAACUGCUCUGUGUUUUUUUGGAGAGUCCACACUGUAGACUGAAGACUCUGAGACUGUGGGACUGCAGUUUGUCAGAGAUCAGCUGUGCUUCUCUGGCCUCAGCUCUGACGUCCAACCCCUCCCAUCUGAGAGAGCUGGAUCUGAACUACAACAACAAGUUGCAGGAUUCAGGAGUGAUUCUACUGUGUGAUUUUCUGGAGAAUCCACACUGUCGACUGGAGAACCUGAGAUUGAAUUGCUGCAGUUUGUCAGAGAUCAGCUGUGCUUCUCUGGCCUCAGCUCUGAACUUCAACCCCUCCCACCUGAGAGAGCUGGAGCUGAGCUUAAACAUCCUGCAGGAUUCAGACGUGAAACUGCUGUGUGAUCUUAAGGAGAGGCCAGACUGUAGACUGGAGAUGCUGAGAUGGCAAUAUCUGUAAGAGCCCAACUGAACAGAGAGGACUAGUGCAAGUAGCAGCAGCUUGUGUGUAGAGAGGCUGUCACUGGCUCAUGUUACUGGGAGGUAGAGAGGAGAGGAGAGCUUCAUCCAGCAGUGACUGACAGAGGAAACAGAGGAAUUGGAGAUGACUCUCAGUGCUGCAGUCUGAACUGAUCUGAGAACAGCUCCACUGUCAGACACAAAGUCAAGUUCAUCAUCAUCCCUGUGUGUUCCUCUUGAUCUGAAAAAGUAUCAUCAGUGUAUCUGGACUUCUUUCCUGUUGCUCUGUCCUUCUACACACUCUCUGCAGACACACUGAGACUCCUCCACCUGCACCUGAUCUGGAUUAUCUUCUCCGGACCUUGUCUGAAAAGGCUUCUAAAAUUAUGUCUUUGGCACUAUAACCCUCAAUUUACAGUACUUCUAACAAUUGUUAUCUGUCUGAAGUAGUGUAAUGAGCACAGGCACUGCAGUGGCUUUGUGUACCACCAUGUGUAAAGAUGCAGUGUUGCUUCUCUUAAUAUUUGAUGUUGAAAUCAGAAACCAGCAACCAGCCGGCAGGUAAAUUCAAGUGGGAUGCCUAUUAGUGCUAAAUUUCUUUACUCUUUUUAGUUUUUUAUAUAUCAUAUUCCAUAACUGAUAUUAUAUUAUUGCAGGAAUCUUACACCUCCUGGCCUGUGUUACCUCUCUUUAUAACAGACCUUUAUAUACGGUCCAGCUACUGUAAAAAGCGAUAUAUUUAAUGCUGUAAAUAAAGCUCCUUUGUUCUG